UCCCCGAUUAAACCGAUCUCCAGCUUCUUGACACCGGCUAUCCUCGCCCGUCUCCGCCGCGUGGACAGUCCUGGGUGUUGUGGUGCGUCUCGUUACAUUCUGUCGAGACGAUUCAACUCGGGUUUGUUCGGUUUCUCCCCCGCGGAUCAGGAUUUGAUCACUAAAUCCAGCUCUGAAACAUCUCGGAUAACUGCGCGCUCCCGCUUCGCUAUACAGGGGAUACCAAUCGAACGUCGAAACCCGGAUCGCAGGUCAUGAACAUGAGCACAAUCGGAGUUCCAGAUUUCCAUAUGAUGAAAAAACACGAGAGGGCACAUUUCUUCAGCUCCAAGGAGCAGGAGCUCAUUUUGAAGUUGUAUGAAGAAGAGAGGGAGAUACUGACAGCUAAAUCCAACACCACCAGCGCCUCCAAACUGAGAGAGGAGGCCUGGCAGAGAAUUGCUGAUAAAAUAAACGUGGUGUCGGACAGUGGCUACAAAAGGACAUGGCAGCAAGUCAAGAUCAAACACAAAAACAUUGUACAAUCAGCAAAAAGAAGAAGGGUCGAGAUGAUGCGGAAUCAUCACGAGGAUUCAGCGAGCCUGUCACUGACCUCUGCUGAGGAUGAUAUGCUGCAGCACAAAGACAACAGAUUGAGAGUUGAGGUCUUCCCUGGGGCUGCCUGUCUUGACCCACUGACUGGAUCUGACAGCUCUUUUAUAAGCGUGUCAGGCCAUCCUGUUCUCUUACUGCCUGUUGCAAAGACGGAACCAGAGAGCUUGAGCAGUGAUGAGACAGACAUCAGCGAUGCACAUUUUGAAGAGGACUUGCACAAUAGCAGCUUCCAGGAAAGGUCCAACUCAGCAUGUGCUACAAGGGGUGGCCGAGAUGCCGAGAGGCAGACAGAAGACAUAAGGGCCCUUUACUGCAGCUACCUCAAAAAAGAGAUGGAGAACCGUGACCAACAGAUGGCAUUCAGAGCACUUAAAAUGAGGAAGUUGGAAAAAGAAAUAUUAUUACUUGAUAAGCAGCUAGGGUGACAAUGUGAAGAAAUGCAAGUGGGUUUAUCCUAUUAUUAUUAUAUUGGUUCAGACAUUAGUAAUAAAUUGCUUCAGUGUCAUAAAUUUCAUACACAGUUACAACUUUGGGUAACAAUAUCUGUUUUCUGACACCUCAGAAAUUUGGUUGGUGAAGUUUGGACCAUGACAGACCCUUCCUCAUUUUUGAAAUAUUGCACUUGUAAGUGUACAUAUACAGCAAAAGUCAAUCAAUCAAUCAUUCAAAUUUGAUUUGUAUAGCCCAUAUUCACAAAUCACAAUUUGUCUCAUAGGGCUUUAACAAGGUGGGACAUCCUCUGCCCUUAACCCUCAACAAGAGUAGGGAGAAACUACUUGAAAACAACAACCUUUUAACAGGGUAAAAAGAACGUAGAGACCUCGUGAGGGAUUCCUCUCCCAGGACGGACAGAAGUGCAAUAGAUGCCAUGUGUAAUGGCGAACAUCAGAAAGAUAGAGUAUUUGCAGCAUUGAUUAGUAUAAACACUUUGUAUCAAAAUGGGAGGUAAAUUAAUUGAUGGAUUAUUGUCAGGUAUCUAUUGUAAUGCUCAGAUUGUGGCUGUAUUGAAAUGUUUUCUUUAACUGCCCAAAGAUCAUAUCAUCCCAGAAUUGUCUUUGUAGAUGUUGGCACAUAGUGGGGCUGAGGCCCACUGAGGGUUCAGGGUCAAAACUGAAGACUCCUUAAUGGAGGUGCUGCAUAACUCUGUGGCCCAAGAAGACUCAUCAUUAUAAGCUAAAGAGCACUGACACACUUUUGGUGAUGUUGUCUCAGCACUUCAGCAGACUGGACUUAAAACCGCUAAAUAAACCAAUGAAUGGCUUGAUUUGAUUUCAACAGUGUACACACACAUGACACAUCCACACAAAUAACCCUGAGGUGAGGUUCUGAUUAUCCUGUGCUGCUGUCAUCUUCAUUCAUUGCUUAUUUUGGAGACUUUUUUCCAUACAGUCUAGUUUUUAGCAAAUUUAGCACAUAAUUUGUUCGAGGUCUGACCACUUGGCGAACUUGUUUCUGUUAGUCACCUUAGACUACUUCUCCCUUUUGCAUUAACAAUGGCAUUACUGCUCUAAGGAAUGCCACUAUGCUGCCUGUACAUUUAUGCUGCAGAGGGUCUGUCUGAGUAUUUAUUAUGAAUUCUUGUCAUUUGCUGUUCUAUUUAUGACUUUUGUAUGCACUGACUUCAGUACAGAAUGGUUUGUGAAACGUUAAA